UGCAUAGUGAUAACACGUCAAACUAAACCUGUUAAGAUUUCCAAGGAAUUUUUAUAUUUUUCCGUUAAAAAGCUCUAGAAAAUAUGCCACGCAGUAAACAAGGUAUAAAACGAACACCACUUGAUAAAGAGCAGUUGCGGCAGGCCGUUCAGAUGUUACGAGAAAAGAAAAUGUCUUUAUUUGCGACAGCUAAACAUUUUAAUAUUAGUAGAACUACUCUGAGGCGUCAUUUUGAACAUUGUACUAAUACAGGAAAGGAAAUUAGUACCUUACACGAUAAUUUAAUGCACCAUAAAGUCUUUACAGAUGAAGAAGAGCUAAUGUUGUGCGAUUAUAUUAAAGAGGCUGCAGAUUUACAGUAUGGAUUGACCCUAAAAUACGUUCAAAUUGUAGCCUAUCAGUUUGCAAAGCAUAAUAAUAAAAAGUAUCCGAAAACAUGGGAUGAGCACAAUAUGGCCGGAGAUUACUGGUUACGCAUUUUUCGCAAAAGACAUCCACAACUUAGUUUACGAAAGCCAGAAGCCACAAGUUUAGCCCGUUCGACUGCUUUCAAUAAAACCAACGUAGUUGUCUGCAAAUAAGACUGCAUUGUCAAAGUUUUCUGAGAUUUUACCUUCUGCUAUAUGGAAUAUUGAUGAAACCGGACUCUCCACUGUACAUGCUCCACCAAAAAUUUUAGGACCUAAAGGCGCUAAACAAAUCGGUUCAAUGACAAGUGCUGAGCGAGGUUCUACUGUCACAAUGAUAGGUGCUAUUAAUGCUGGUGGAGGUUUCAUACCUCCUUUGCUAAUAUUCCCGCGAGUCAACUAUAAAGACUUCAUGAUAACCAAUGCUCCACCUGGUACAAUUGGAGGUGCAAAUCCUUCUGGACGGUCCAACGAAAAUUUAUUUUUUCAGUUUAUGGAACACUUUAUUAAACAUGUAAGGCCUUCUACUAACGCACCGUGUAUUGUGCUCUUUGACAAUCAUGAAAGUCACAUGAGUGUGCCUGUUAUAGAUCUAGCUAAGCGAAACGGUAUUACUUUAGUGACAUUUCACCCACAUACAAGCCACAAGCUACAGCCAAUAGACAAAGGGGUAUUUGGUCCAUUUAAAAAAUAUUAUAGCACUGCAACAAAUGAAAUGAUGCUUACUCCAGGAUAUGUGGGUAAACCAAUCACUAUUUACAAUGUGGCCUCAUUAGUUGGGAAAGCAUUUCCACUAGCUUUUACUCCCAAUAAUAUUAUGCAAGGAUUUAAAGCUACGGGAAUUUAUCCAUUUAACGAAAACAUUUUCGACGAUUCGGACUAUUUAUCAGCACAGGUAACUGAUCGUCCAUAUGAUGUUACUUCUGAUAAAACCGAAGAUACAAAUACAGCCGCUAAUUCUGACAUUUUACCUCAAUUAGCUACAGAGGCUGAGAUUUCGUCUCAAUCAGUUGCAGAAGCUGAUAUUUCAUCUCAAUCAGUCCCAGAGGCCGAUACUCCAUCCACUUCUGCAGUUAAAAAUAUUAUUACACCAAGUAUGAUUAGACCUCAUCCUAAAGCUGCACCAAGGAAAAACAAUGGAAGGGGAAGACAGAAAGGAAAGUCGCGCAUUUUAACAGAUACGCCAGAGAAAAUCAGGAUUGAAAUGUUAAAAAUGGCGAGUCUAAUAAAACAAAAAAAGAGAAAAACAAAUGUUAAAGUUUCGCAACAAAAUUCAACUAAAUGCAAAAACAAGAAGAAGUCCGUUAAGAGAAAAAUCGUCUCUGAUUCUGAAUCUUCCAUAUCAGAUGAUAAUUUUUCGUUACAAGAAUCAGAUAUGUCUGAAAUGUCUUUUGAAAUUUAUGAUAACGAAAUUGAAAACACAAACAGUAAUUCCGAAAUUUUGAAAUUUCAAUUAGGCGAUUUCGUGAUUUUCGUUUACGGAAAUAAUUAUUUUCCUGGAAAAAUUGUUGAUAUUAAAGAGCAAGAAUUUGUAAUAGCGUCCAUGGAAAAUCGCUAAAAAAUUGGAAAUGGCCUGAGAGGGAAGAUCGGAACUUAUACCCAGCAUGCGAUAUUAAACGCAAAAUUGGACCUCCAAAAAAAAUUCGUUGCUCUAGGGAGGUCUAUGAAGUUCCAGAGAUGUUAAGCUUUUUAAAAUUAGUUUAAACUACUUUCUGUUUUUAUUAAUAUGUAUAACAGUUUUAUUUUUUACUAACUUUAAUUCAUUUAAUUUUGCGUUUAUCAUUUUAUAAAGGUUUGUUCAAAUAAAAUUAAUUUUUAUAUUCAUCAUAUACUGUGUCCAUGGUACAACAUCUUUGUGUUCAAGGUACAACACCCAUGUUGUACCUUGGACAAUUCGUCACAAUUUUUUGAAGUGACCUAAUUUUUUUAAAUACAUAUGUUAUAAGCAUCUAAGGAAAAUUAUAUUGUUAUGUCAUAGUUCAAUAUUACACUACAGAAGUGAGGUUGCUUUAUUGCAUAUAACAACUUCCCAAACCCUAAUUUAGUAAAAAUGUGUCCGACGUACAACA